AGUAUAUUUCAGAGGGUUCGACGGUCCAAAAGAAAACAAGCAAAAAAAAACAAAAAAACAACAAGCCAGAGGAAUCUAAAAUGACCGAACCAGCCAAGGAGGUACCAGAUGAAGCCGCAGAUUCGCCCGCACCAGGGCCCAUAGCCCCGCAGUCGCUGGAAGCGACAGCCCCCAUAGAAGCGCCAAACGAAGAGAAGCUAGACAAAACGCCCGCUGGCAAGGGGAAUAAAAAGAAUAAAAGCUCCAGGGCGGCGCAGUCUGACACAACGAUGGACCCCGAGAUAAAGAAGCUCACUCAGCGCCGCAUUAAUGUGGCUGGAGCCCCCAAAAUGCCCUUAAAUGGCUAUGUGCGAUUCAUGAACGACAGACGAGAGGAACUGAGACGCGAGCAGCCACAGCGGACGGCCCUGGAGCACACUAAGAUUAUUGGUGAGGAAUGGCACCUGCUACCGGAGGAGCGCAAGGUUCCGUACAUGGAAGCAGCCGCCAAGGACAAGGCUUUAUACCAAGAGCAGAUGCACCUAUUCUUCAAGGACCACCCUGAAAUUGUGGCUAAAGAGUUAGCCAGGAUGAAGAAAGCUACCAAAGGAGACAGUGCCUCAAAGGAGAAGACACCCAGAACUGCAGCCAAUAACGAUGUCAGCGUUGGCAAAGGAAAGAAACCGAAAGCAAAGGCCACAGCAAAUAAGAGGCCAAGCGAGCACUCUCCCGACCCAGACGAUGUCCCGCUAUCCCAGGUUAAACGCACGCCGACUCCACCUCCACCAGCACCACCACCACCUCAACAAGCACCGGCGCCAGCACCAGUAACAACCAGCAUUGUCGUCGCACCGCGUCCCAUUCAGCCAGGCGAGAUACCCAUUUACACAAACGAAUUCAUCGAGCACAACCGCAGCACGGAGAACGAGCUGCGAACGUUGCGCAAGACGAAAACGGAUCUGGAGCAGCAAAACGCGGUGCUGGAGCAGCACGUGGACAACACCAAGGCCGGCUAUGCCAAGGUAAUGGGCGAGGUGGCCGAACUGAAGGAGGAGAACGUGCGUCUGGAGGCGUACGUGAAGGGUCUGCGCCAGAAGCUGGUUGCAGCCCUCAGCGGUGUGCCCUUGCCUCCGGUGGAGCCGUCCGGUCCGAACGUUGGCAACAUAGACAGGUACAUGCAUCACCUGGCCGGCCUCACUGGCCAACCGCACAAUACUAUGCUCCUCAAGGCUAGAGAUGCUCUGCGCAAAGUUGACACUACCCCUCUGCUCAAGUCCUAGUAUCCUUUCAGAUGAAACGAUUGUACAGUGCAGUAUUUUAUAAUUUCCUUAGUCUUAGGAUCCAUCCACCACACCCCUACACAAGUGUACAUGUGUGUUCUCAUCGAAUGUGUAUCAUGUUUAAUAAGAUGUAUUUUGUAUGUUUAAUAAACCCGUGAAACAACUA